AAUACUUUAUCUAGUAAAAUAACUAUGAAUAAGUUUGUGCUGGUACUAUUUACUGUUUCCUGGGUCCUUCUCUUUGGUUUGCUAGAUGGUAAACCUCCCAUAGGCAGUGGUCGAGUAAUAUGGGACACUGGUGGCCAACAGCUGUUCGCAUCUUAUGCAUACUACAUUACGGCAAGGCAUCCUGAUUUAGGCAGUGGUGGCCUCAAACUCAUCAAGACUGGAAACUCAACUUGCCCAAAUACUAUUUUGCAAUAUUUUCCCAAGUACACCCAUGGCCUGCCAAUGUAUUUGCUCAUAUCUGUAAUAAGCAAUUUUAUCGUCUAUGAAGGUACCCCACUGGCUAUUUUUAUGGCAAAGAAGCCAAAUUGUGUUGAAUCGUUGGUUCCUGAUCCUAUGAAGGGAUCUCCGGAUCCACCAAGUCCAUUAAAUCCCCCAAACUCCUCUAGAUUGUUGGUGUUUGUGGACAAUUCAAUCCACAAGACAUGUGUGGGUACUGGUGGUCCUGAAGCUCAUCCAGGCCUACUAACGUAUAGUGGCACUUUUCACAUUGAGAUCCUAGAAAACGUUCGAUUUGGAUACAGCUCUUACAAGCUUGUGUUUUGUUUCGAUGGCUCAGACUACCAAAAUUGUUCCUAUAUUGGGACCUAUGAUAAUAGUGAGGGUGGAAGACGUUUGAUUCUCACUGAGACUAAUCCCUUCUUAUUUUCUUUUGUUCAUGCACUUAAAUUUGAUGGGACUAUUAAGUCCGUAGGUUGAAUGAUAUAUCUCAAGACUAGAUUAGAUUAUGAUUAUGGUCUUGAGUGAGUGUAAUCACAUACUUUGUUGUUUUGAUCUGCAUUAACUCUGCUCCAAAUAAAACCUCAAUGCAAACAUUGAAUAAGUGAAAUGAAUAAUUAAUGGUUAUGCUUUCUUGUAUUCC